AAACAACGAAAACGAAAAAUGUCAUUAAUUAAAGCAGCAAUUUGCGGUGCCGGUGGUGGUAUUGGACAACCACUCUCACUCUUAACCGCUCAAAACCCACACAUUGGUGAAGUCGCUCUCUUCGAUGUCGCACCAUCCGUCUACGGUGUAGCAGCUGACUUGUCACACUUGGACGGUACAGCCGUCGUAAACGGAUACACCAAGGACAACGAUGGUUUGAAGCAAGCACUCACUGGUGCAAAGAUCGUCAUCAUCCCAGCCGGUGUACCACGUAAGCCAGGUAUGACCAGAGACGACUUGUUCAAGAUCAACGCAUCCAUCUGUCGUGACCUCGCUACUGGUAUCGCUGAUUACGCUCCUGACGCAAUCAUCGGUGUUGUCUCAAACCCAGUAAACUCUACCGUUCCUGUCUUCGUUGAGACAUUAAAGUCUAAGGGUGUCUUCGAUCCAAAGAAGGUCUUCGGUGUUACUACCCUCGAUAUCGUUAGAGCUAGCAAGUUCGUCGCUGAAGUCGUUGGAAAGCCAAACCAAGCUCCUCAAUACAAGAUUCCAGUCGUUGGUGGUCACUCAGGAAAGACUAUUAUACCACUCAUCAGUCAAUCUAAGCCAGCUGUAGACAUUCAAGGUGAGACUCUCGACAAGCUCAUCAACAGAAUUCAGUUCGGUGGUGAUGAAGUUGUCAAGGCAAAGGAUGGUGCUGGUUCAGCUACCCUCUCAAUGGCCUACGCAGGUGCUAAAUUCCUCAAUGCCGUCCUUGACGCUGUCUACGGUGGUAAACCAUCUGUCAUCCAAUCAUACGUUUACCUCCCUGAAUUACAAGGUGGUGACUCUAUCAAGAAUGAAAUCGGCAAGGAAUUGGCUUACUUCUCUGUCUCUGUUCAACUUGGUAAGCAAGGUAUCGAAAAGGUUCUCCCACUUGGUCAACUCAACGACUACGAGAAGCGUCUCCUCCAAGACGCUCUCCCAGAAUUAGACCAAUCUAUCGUUAAGGGUGUUGGUUUCGGAAAGAGCCAAUUGUAAAUUUAAAUGUGUAAACGAUGUUACGAAGUAUUAGCAUGAAUGUUACUUUCAGUGAUAAUGUU